GACAGACAGACAGACAGCCCGGGACCGGCGGCUGCAGCGGCAGCGGAGGCUCAGAGCGUGUCCGGCUGCGGGACAGCGCGGCUCCCGGGGCGGCGGGCAGCCUCCUCCAGCCCCCGGGCGGGACGGGACGGGUCUACCCGCUGGGUUUGUGGUUGCCGGGGGCGGCGGCGGGAGCUGAGUGCGGUGCGGUGCUGCCCCGGCAACAUGAAGGACGGAGGCGAGAGCAAGGACCAGCAGCUGACCGUGGCUCUCCGCAUCCGGCCCAUAAACGACACCGAGGUGGAGGAAGGAGCCACGAUCAUCGCUCACAAAGUCGACAAGCAGAUGGUGGUGCUGAUGGACCCGAUGGGGGAUCCUGAUGACAUACUGCGAGCCAACCGGUCUCGGGAGAAAUCGUACCUGUUUGACGUAGCCUUCAAUUACUCUGCAACGCAGGAUGAUGUGUAUCGGUCAACCACCAAGGAUCUGAUUGAAGGAGUUAUUUCAGGGUACAAUGCCACUGUAUUUGCUUAUGGCCCCACAGGUGCAGGGAAAACAUACACAAUGUUGGGGACAGAUAGUGAACCGGGCAUUUAUGUACGGACCCUCAACGACUUGUUCAAGUGCAUUGAAGAGACGAGUGAUGAUAUGGAAUACACAGUCUCCAUGUCGUACCUGGAGAUUUACAAUGAGAUGAUCCGGGAUUUACUUAAUCCGUUGUCUGGCUUCUUAGAUCUACGAGAGGACUCAAAGGGAGGGAUCCAAAUUGCAGGAAUCACUGAAGUGUCCACCAUUAACGCCCACGAGAUAAUGCAGCUGUUGAUGAAAGGGAACAAGCAGCGGACCCAGGAGCCAACGGCUGCCAACAAAACCUCCUCUCGGUCGCACGCCGUCCUACAGGUGACCGUAAGGCAGAGGAAUCGCAUCAAGAACAUUUUGCAGGAGGUACGAAUUGGCCGCCUGUUCAUGAUUGACCUGGCUGGAUCGGAGAGAGCUUCACAGACACAAAACCGUGGGAAACGGAUGAAGGAAGGAGCGCACAUCAACCGUUCACUGUUAGCGCUGGGAAACUGCAUCAAUGCGCUGAGUGAGAAGGGAGGGAAUAAGUAUGUCAAUUACCGAGACAGCAAGCUGACCCGCUUACUGAAGGAUUCGCUGGGCGGGAACAGUCGAACGGUGAUGAUCGCUCACAUCAGCCCAGCCAGCAGCUCCUUUGAGGAAUCGCGCAACACUCUCACCUAUGCUGACCGUGCCAAAAACAUCAAGACCAGAGUAAAGCGCAAUUUGAUGAACGUAUCCUACCACAUUGCUCAGUACACCAACAUCAUCUCCGACCUACGCAGUGAAAUCCAUCGGCUGAAGAAGAAGAUCGACGCACAACGAAUUCAACAAACAAAAAAUGAAAAAGCGGAUAUCCGCAACGUUCAAGCCGAGGUACAGUUUCAUUCCUCUCGGUAUGACCGGCGGGAGAUGGAGAGGCUCCGCGAACAUCUGAUCACGGCCUUUCGGGAACAGAUGGAGAUUCGCCGCAAUCUCUUGGAACUGGAUAGCAAUAACAUGCAAAUCCAAGUGGACACAUCCAGACAUCUACUGACUAUAGCUGACUGGGUGCAGGAAAAGGCACGGCGGGCCAGGAAAUGGAGAGAGGAGAAUCGCAAGGAGGUGUACAACAAGGAGGACAGUGAGAAGGACUCGGACACGGGGGAUGAUCAGUCCGAUGUCAUGGAGCCGACAGAGGUGGCCAUGGCCCGGGAGAACGUUGCCGCACUCGUGGCCGAGCAGAAGAAGCUGAAGUGGCAGAAGAUGGAGCUGGAGAAGCAGUUUGCGGACAUCCGAUCGCGAGCUCACCGACUGGAGGAGCUGUUGCCGAAGCGGAUCAGCAGUGAGCAACAGCGCGAGGUGCUCAGCCUGCUGUGCAAGGUGCACGAGCUGGAGAUCGAGAACACGGAGAUGCAGUCCAUCGCCCUACUCAAGGACAACGUCAUCCGGCAGACCAACUACGUCAUCCAACGCUUCGAGCAGCACCGGCAGCUGUGCGCUGAAAUCAUUCAACAGCAACGGCAGAUCAUAGAUGAUCAUAACCUGCUGGUCCCGUCACAGUUGGAUGAGUUGUAUGAGAUUUACCUGCGGGAGUUGGACGAGGGUAAUCUCAACCGGAUCGUAUCCAUGCACACUGUCACAACGAGAACCCUGAAGGAUGGCUCGGUCAUUAACGUGGCCCAGAAGCUAAAGGUGGGAGAAGUGGUCCAGGAUGUGGACUCUGACCAGGAAAGUGUGAGAACCAUUGGAUCGGAGAAACAUUAUCCUUGGAGAAAGAAUUGCAAAGACGUCCUCCCACCACUGGUUCCAGAGUCGGAGAGUGACAGUAACCGUGUGUUUAAAACCAGCCCCCUCGCUCAGCAGAGAAAGAAUUCAACGGUAAUCACCCCUCCUCCAAUCCACUUGAACGGACUGCUAAACCAAGAGGCACACCAGCUUGAGAGUUUGGUGAGUGUGAGUGGGAUGAGCAGUGCCAGCAGCCAUCUGAACUCAUCGCCCGACAGCAGCGAGAACUCUGUGGACCACCAGCAACCCCAGACAGUGUUCCUGAAAGACCGUAAGCAGAUGUUGACGGGCACCAAAAACAUUGCGGUGAAGGCAGCACGGCGGCGAUCAAAAGCGCUGGAAAAAGACAACAGGCUGCACAUUCUGGAACCGAUGAAGGAGAAAACAAGUAUCUCACUGCACUCAAUGAGCGAGACUGAGGAGUCGUGCUAUCGGGGCGAUCCCGGGCUGUCACUGACACUAUACAGGCAUCAGCAAGGGCAGGUGAUGAAGCACGCGGCCAGUGAGGACAAUCUGUCCAGCAGCACUGGCGAGACUGCCAACCAUCUCCAGCACCAUCGCGGCCACUCCCCCAAGGAUUGGCCUCAGUCCUACAAAAAGGAAAACAAAAAGACAAACAAAAGAGAGGAAAUCGUAGAAGCCAAAAGGAAGAAACGGCGGUCAAGGUCUUUUGAAGUCAACGGUCAAGGGUUACCCAACUUGAAGAACAUCUCAUCUCGAUUCCAACCGUUGGAGAGUAUUUCGGAUAAUAGAUUUAAUGUCAAUGGCCAAUCUCAGUUCCGGAUGCAUGGCAAAGCAACGCACGUGCCUGGGAAGGUGAAAUUCCCAAUCAGCCAUUAUGCAGGUGAGAGCGAGCUGCAGAUGUUGGAGGUGGUUAGUACACCGCCCAGCACCAUCUACCAGAGAAACUGCACUGGGAGAGGGUUGGUUGUACAGAAGAAGGUCCGAGGUCCAAAUAACACAGCGCCAGAUGCAGCCAGCUCAACCUCAGUGUUCCAUCAGGCUGGGAACUUCAAGAAGCCCGUCAGACGUAAUCCUCAGCCACAUUUUAACUACACCGUGACAAAUGGAAAGAAUGACGUCAGAUGUAAGAGACACUAACUGAGUGAAAGACAAGACUUUAAUGUGAAUCAUGCUAAAGACUUAGAGGAAGUUCAUGGUUUCUUGCUGGAAGAAAGCAAAAAAAAAACAUAUCUUCCACGGAUGGAAAAGAUAAAACUGCACCGAAAAAGGAACAGAAAA